UCUGCUCGUUUCUUUCUUCCUUUCAGGGAAUACUGCUGUCCAUCAGAAGAAGUAAUUAAUGGGUUUAUUAUGUACGGAAAGCGUCAUCCCAUCAGUUUGCUGUCUGGCUUGAAUAGCUCACAUCAGCUCUUCAUUCAUGCCAAGUAUGCUCACUGUCCAGAGAUAUGAUAAAACCGUACCUUCCUUCUGGAUUUUCCCUCACGCUUCAAAAAUCAGUGUAUCAAACUAUGUGAUCCAGAGCCUAAAAGUGACAGGAGAAAUCUCUUCAUCCUCUGCAAAAAGGAAGCUGAUGGACUAAAAAGUUGGUAAAGGAAAAGAAAAGCAAAGCCAGAGAGUGCAAUGCCAGCCACGUUCCGGUCCAGAUCACUGUUUGAAAGCCAUUGGAUGUGGGAGCAUGUGUAAUUCUCAAAUAUGAACAACAGAACUUUUCCAGACGGUAAAGCAUCUAUGGAAAUGACCAGGAUUUCUCAUUGCUGAAACAUUCCAUGAAUUUUUAAUAAGUUCUGAACACUCAAGUUGUCUGUGGUCAGAUCAACUGCUGGUAUCAGAGAAAGGCAAAAUGCAAGCUUCUAUUUCUAUAAUUCUAUCAGAAUGGAACCUUUACCUAGUGUUGCUCUAACUAAUGCUGCAGGAUUACCAGGAAUACAGAUAUAGAAAGACUGCAAGAAAUUAAACCUCUCUUCAGAGAGAACACAAGAGGAAAGUACAGAAGGCAUUUCAAGUACUGAAGCUUACUAUUCCCAGCCACAUUACUGAUCUUCAAACAAACCACUGCCAGAUGCUGUCUGAGCAGAGAUGAAAUAAAAAAAAAAAAAAAAAAAAAAAAGAGGCCAACCCAGAACCCAAGAUUUCAUCCUAAUGUAAUUCCUUGCACCAGGAUGGAAGGAGAAUCUUACCACAAUGCAACCACGGCCAAUGGGACCCGAGUAAGUCACCAGGCUCUGGGACGCCAUGGCCUGUGGGAAGUCAUCACCAUUGCUGCCGUGACAGCCGUGGUGAGUCUCAUCACCAUCGUGGGCAACGUCUUAGUCAUGAUCUCCUUCAAAGUGAACAGUCAGCUGAAGACGGUGAACAACUACUACCUGCUCAGCUUAGCCUGUGCAGAUCUCAUCAUUGGGGUCUUCUCCAUGAACCUCUACACGACCUACAUCCUGAUGGGGCGCUGGGCUCUCGGCAGUCUGGCCUGUGACCUGUGGCUCGCCCUGGACUACGUGGCCAGCAAUGCUUCUGUCAUGAACCUCCUGGUGAUCAGUUUUGACCGUUACUUUUCCAUCACAAGACCCCUGACCUAUCGGGCCAAGCGGACCCCAAAGAGGGCCGGCCUCAUGAUCGGCUUGGCUUGGCUGAUCUCCUUCAUCCUCUGGGCCCCGGCGAUCCUCUGCUGGCAGUACUUGGUUGGGGAGAGAACUGUUCCUCCUGAUGAGUGUCAGAUCCAGUUCCUUUCCGAGCCCACCAUCACUUUCGGCACUGCCAUUGCUGCCUUCUACAUCCCCGUUUCCGUCAUGACCAUCCUGUACUGCCGAAUCUACCGGGAAACAGAGAAACGGACCAAGGAUCUGGCGGACCUGCAGGGUUCGGACUCGGUGGCUGAAGCUGAGAAGAGAAAACCGGCUCCCAAGGCUCUGCUCAGGUCCUGCUUCCACUGCCCUCGCCCCACGCUGGCUCAGAGGGAAAGGCACCAAGCCUCCUGGUCAUCUUCACGUAGGAGCCUGUCCACCACUGGGAAGCCCUCCCAAGCCACCGGCCCCAACAGUGAAUGGGCCAAAGCUGAGCAGCUCACUACCUGCAGUAGCUAUGCAUCUUCAGAGGAGGAGGAGAAGUCCACCACUGACCCCGUCUUCCAAGUGGUCUACAAGAAUCAGGCCAAGGAAAGCCCUAAGGAAGAAUUUGGUCCGGAAGAUGCCCAGGAAACGUUUAUGAAAGGCCACACUGGGAAAAAUGACUAUGAUGCCCCCAAAUUCUUCCUGUCUCCAGCUGCCAGUGGUAGGCCCAAGGGUAAGAAAUGUGUGGCCUACAAGUUCCGGUUGGUGGUAAAAGCAGAUGGGACCCAAGAGACCAACAAUGGUUGUCGCAAAGUGAAAAUCAUGCCCUGCUCCUUCCCAGUGUCCAAGGACCCUUCAACGAAAGGCCUUGACCCCAACCUCAGUCAUCAAAUGACCAAACGAAAGAGAAUGGUCCUUAUAAAAGAGAGGAAGGCAGCCCAGACCCUGAGUGCCAUCCUCCUGGCCUUCAUUAUCACAUGGACCCCUUAUAACAUCAUGGUCCUGGUUUCCACCUUCUGUGACAAGUGUGUCCCAGUGACCCUGUGGCACUUGGGCUAUUGGUUAUGUUAUGUCAACAGCACUGUCAACCCUAUUUGCUAUGCCCUCUGCAACAGAACCUUCAGGAAGACCUUUAAGAUGCUGCUUCUCUGUCGCUGGAAAAAGAAAAAAGUGGAAGAGAAGUUGUAUUGGCAAGGGAAUAGCAAGCUGCCCUGAAAGGUUUACAACUCCCCUCAAAAGAAUGACCAUUGUAAGCUUCCUCUGAGUCCUGUGAGCCAAUUCUGGCUUAUUUUCCCCAAAGACCCCUUCUUUGGAAUCCCUGCGAUCUUUGGAAUGGCUUGAAACCUGUCAUGAAAAGAAAAGGGUGUCGCUUCCACGACUGCUGCCCUAGGUUCCGCAACCGUGCCCAAGGUUGUCAGAUGCCACUGGAGUUUGACAUUGAAAGCAAGACUGAGGUGGGCAGCUGGGCUAUGAGGAACAGUGAUCUAAGUCAUCUGUCUGAUCUUCUGUGGGGAAAGCAGGACUGGGUGGAGAUUUCCCCUGAAGAAAUCAAACCUGACAUAGAAUUUUGUGCAAUAUUGAUGUCUACAAAGUAGCUGCUCAUUCCAGUGAAAAUGGUAAAAAUGCAAAUCAGUGUCACCUGUUACCCAGAGUGCUAUUCAAGUGGCUUCUGAGAUUUUAUUUCUUUACAAACCGACCAGUAUUUAUUUAAUACACAGCACUCAUGUGUUCUGUACUAUGGUUUUCCUGUUCCUACUUCUGAAUGAAGCUCUAAAUCUUUACUUUUGCAACAAAUGCCAGUUUCUGGGUACGCCCUAAAAGUCAUGUUGGUUCCCAUGGAACCAGCCUUCCCCUUGGAAUCCUGGACCUGGAAGGUCACUGAAAACUGACCACAGUCAGUUGUGGGGACAGGGAUAGGGAUGGUCUGUAUCUCACUAAAACAGAUGAAAAAGUCUCUUCUGUCAUUUUAACUCUCACUAAUGGGAAUUUAUCCUUUCAUCUAAACACAUAUGGUGCAUUCCAUUUUUGUGCCCAUUUGAACCCACAUACAGAAUGCUAUAGAAUUGUGUAAAUAGCCUUUUAUGAGUACAGAUCUGUUUUUGUCAUUGUUCUCUUCAACCAUGACAAAACAGAGGUCUUAUUUUUUUUCUAAUCUCUUCAAAUAAUCAAAUGUAAAAAAAUUUCAAUUUCAAUCCAUGUUUUUUAUUUAUUUUGUUUUAUUUAUUUAUUUAUUUAUUUUUGCUUUAUAUUUUAUUUAUUUUUGCAGGGGAAAUCACACCCAACAAAGCACAUGGGUUACUCCUGGCUCAGCACUCAGAAAUUACUCCUGGCAGUGCUCGGGGGACCAUAUGAGUUGUUAGGAAUCGAGCCCAGUUCAGCCACAUUCAGGCAAAUGCCCUACACUCUGUGUUACCACCCCAGCCCCAAUCCAUGUUUUUUUAAUUUUUAAUUUUCUCUUUUUAAGUCACGCCCGGCAAUUCUCAGGAUUUCUCCUGGCUCUGCACUCAGAAAUUACUCCUGGUGGUGCUCAGGGAACCAUAUGGGAUGCCGGGGUCAGCGCAGGUCAGCCACGUGCAGGCAAAUGCCCUACCCACUGUACUAUCAGUCCAAACUUAAGCUAUUUUUUUUUUGCUUUUUGGGUCACACCCAGCGAUGCUCAGGGGUUACUCCUGGCUUUGCACUCAGGAAUUACUCCUGGCGGUGCUUGGGGGACCAUAUGGGAUGCUGGGGAUCGAACCCGAGUCGGCCGAGUGCAAGGCAAAUGCCUUACCCGCUGUGCUAUCACUCCGGCCCCCUUAAGCUAUUUUUUUUAAACACCCUCCAAGACCCCAGUUUCCCUCAUCCAGAUCCAAAUUGCUGUACCUCCAGCCAAAAUGCUUUUUAAAAAAUAGGUCUAUUAAAAUAGGAGGAGCCAGAAGUGACUUGUUCAUUACCCUCCACAUGCAUUAUGAAAUUUGAGAAACACAAGAACAUAGAGGAGGUGCAGUGAAAUUUACCAUCUACGGUUAUUAAAGUCUUUGGGGGGAGAAAAGCACAAGGGCCAAGACUCUUCUCUUGAGUGCAGUUGACCCAGCCUCAGUUCCUAAGUACUAUACUAUGAGCAAAGAGUCAGGCAGGACUAGCCCCUGAGCACUGCUGGGUGCGGCUCAAAAAUACCCUUCGUCUCACGUAUACACAGGAAAAAUGAGCCUCAUCUUUAAAAACAAGAUGUAGGCUGGAGAGAUAGUAUGGUGGGUAAGGCACUUGCUUCGAACAUGGCCAACCUGGGUUGGGUCCCUAGCACUCCAUUCAGUACAGAGCCUGUCGGGAGUGAUCCCUGAGCACAGAGCCAGAAGUCAGCCCUGAGCAUUGCCAGGAGUGACCCAAAAACAACCAAAAGAAAAAAAUCAUUAUCAACAGAAGAGUACCAAGAUUAUUAAAAUCUAGUCUUAUUAAAAUUCUCAUCGCUAUAAAGAUGUUUCUUUCAUAAUUCUGAAAAUAAAACACUGUGCCAAGAAAUUGAGUAUAAAAAAUAAGAGCAUAAAAUUAUCAUAAAAGACCCAUGAAGAAAGCAUCAGUGUAGCAGAAAGCAGGGAUUUUAGAGAAGCAACAUGCCUGCCAGACAGAAGCUCAUGAUUUAACCUGUUGAUUCCAUCUGCAUUGUGUAAAAAGUUCCAGGGACCUCAUUUCCCUUACGUAGGCAUUAUGCUCUCUCUCAGUCUCAUUUGCAAAGGAGACGUAAAAAUAGUUGAAUUCGUGUCUUGGAAUUAGGUAUGUAGUUGGUUAUAGGAGACCCUCAAUCUAUCACAGAAGGGCAAAUUUGCCUGGCACUGAAGAUUCCAGAAGGCAGCAGGGCUGUGGAGACUCAGGCAGGAUGGAACUGGUGCAUCCAGGCGCCCUUCCAGCUCUGCAGGGACUGGAUGUAGAGAUGAAACAUCUCAGACGCAAUGUAGCAGAUGAGACUUGGGAAGGGCAGGUUAACACCUGCCAAGAAUUUGGUCGGGAACAUUAAUGAAUUGGCUCAGUUCUCCAGGACAGAGGCUCUCCCGGGCCUAUGAGAUACCAACAGGGUGUGACUUCAUGAGUAAACCCGUUCCACCAGGUCUGCAUAACCAGUUGACGCUUAGUUGAAGACUUUAAUUCCUGAAAUUGAACUUUAAGUCCAUGUUUGGCAUUCACUGUCCAUAGUAGAGAAACACGCUAAUUUCAAAGAACAACGAAAUGUGAGUUGGAAGGGAACUCUUUUGGGACACACAUUUCACAUUUGCCACCACUGCCUUAGCGUCAACCAAUUUAUUAUUAUUAUUAUUAUUGUUAUUAUUAUUAUUGGUUCAGCUUUUGUGAAGUUAAGAGGCCAAAGCUUUUUCUGAUUAUUGGUUUGGGGAGGUAGCCAGUUCUGCAGACUGCCUAUAAAAUGUUAUCCCCUCUUCACAUAGACCUUCCAAAAUUGACACAAACUAUCAGAAGAAUCUAGGCCUUGGUAAGUCUCUAUGAACUUAUCCAACUGUAAACUACAGGGACCUGGUGGGUGGGUAGGUGGGGUGUGGACUGACUUUGUAUCUUAAGCAUUCUAUGCCCCCAUGGUCCCCGAGCUUUGUCAACGAACCAUGUGCAGCUUUGACUACUUACCUUUCGGAGAUGCUGUUCCUUUGCCAACACUGCGGUUUGUUUUGCCUUGGUUGUGAGUUUAAUGGCUUGCUAGGGAAUCUGUUCUCAGUACAAGUUAUGGUUGAACAACGCAUUUUGUCAAUAUUUCUGACCUCUUCUCUGCUUGUUUGAGAGUCACUCGUUCUUUCUUUGUAACUGUGAAAUCUGUGCCAAAUCCCUGGUUUGGAAUGGCCACCUGUCUACUGUAAAUACUGGAAUCGCAGCAAAAGAUGUGGGGAUCUGGGCUUUUCUGUGUCAUGUAUUAUUCUGAAUAUUAAAGAAA